AUGUGCGACCCUUCCUACCUUGGUGCUAAUUUCGCAUGGCCACUCUCCCCCCUAAAUCCUCAAGCUCGAUUGUCUUUUGACAUCCGCUCGCUCGAGAACCCUCCCAAACAUGUUCGCGAUUCGCACAAUGGUACUUCGAAGAGGUUGCAGGAGUGGAUGAGGCAGAAUUCUACAUUCACUGUACGACGCGAUGCGAUCGCAUCUGAGAUUCAGACCGCGAUGGCUGAGUUGCUCGAUAAGCAGGGUGAACACCUCAUAUCAAAAUCGGCAGAAUCCCGCAAAAUAAGAGCAAAUGAAGAAGACGAGCUUUCGGUUUUAUUUGAACCGGAAAUGAGGGUGGGCAUUAAUUGCCAGAUGGGUCGACAUAGGAGUGUCGCGAUGGUCGAGGAGCCGGCCAAAGUGUCCUGA